AUGCUAUCAGCCAACAUACCACUUAAUAAGCUAGGUAACGUUCAAUUCAAACAAUUUUUGGAAAAAUAUACGGGGAAACAAAUUCCGGCCAUUACUACUUUACGUAAAUGCCAUGUCGAUGAAAUUUAUUCUGAAACUAUAAAUAAAAUUAGAAAUGGUAUCACUGGUAAAAAGAUCUGGGUAUCAAUAGAUGAGACCACCGACUCAUUAGGCCGAUCCAUUGCAAACGUAGUAAUCGGUACUCUUGAAACCGAUGAUCCAGGCCAAACAUUUUUCCGAAGUACUGACCAAAGCUAAUCAUUCGACUAUUGCGAAAUUAUUUGAUAAUUCAAUGCAUCUAUUGUGGCUAGAAGAAGUGCGUCACGACGACGUCCUAUUGUUUUUAAGUGAUGCGGCGUCUUAUAUGGUGAAAUCCGGGAAUUCAAUUCAAGUAUUUUACCCUAAAGUUAUUCACGUUACUUAUAUUGUGCACGGGCUUCAUCUUAUUGCUGAAAAAAAUCGUGUAAAUUAUUGCAAAGUCGAUAAAAUCAUCGUAAAUGUCAAAAAAAUAUUUUUGAAGGCGCCUAAUCGUAUUGCAAUAUUUAAAGACAAAGCGCCCAAUAUUCUACUACCGCCAGCACCUAUUUUAACAAGAUGGGGGACGUGGAUAAGAGCCGCUGUUUAUUACUGUGAACACCUUGAAAUUAUUAAAUCUAUUGUCGACUCUUUGAAUAAAGAAGACGCUAUUUUUCUGAAGCAAGCCUUGCGGCAAAUUUAGUAUUUAUCAAAUCACAUUUUGGAUUUUUACCUGAUAGAAUUUACCAGUCUUGAAGCAAAAAAUAUUUUACUUAGUCAUGCAAUCGAUGCAGUGCAAAAUGUUAAUUUGAAAUUGAGUCAAGUCCCUGGUCUAAUUGGAAAAAUUGGAUAUCAAAGUUUAAUUCAAAUUUCAAAGGCGAAGAAACCUCAACUCGAAAUACACUUUGGGGAAGCAGUACCCCAGACCAAAGAGGAUCUGCUUUCUAUAGAUUCUCAAUCAAAAAUCAUGUAUCAUUUAUUUCCCCGCUCAAUCCACCAUACUGGCCAAUCCAUUCAAAUAGGCUAUCCGAAAAACUUGAUUUUUUUAUUUCCAAAAUCCCCAAUCACAUUAAUACCAAUAUCAAAAAUAUAUGUGAUUUAUCGAGUGAUCACUUUCCAAUACUUUUAUCUAUAGCUGGCGACGUGAUAUUAAACUCUAAACCUUCUCUAACAAUUGGACCCAUCGAUCGGGAUAAAUUCAAAUAUAAAUUGGUCUAAAAUAUUAAUCUAAAAGUACCACUUAUUCUGAUGUCGAAAAUGCAACAAAAUAUAAUGUUUUAACAAUCCAACAAGCAGCUACUACGGGCUUCAUCUCCUAUCAAGCCGCAUCAUUCAAAUUCUUCCUCAAGCCUUCCCUAAUCGUAAAUAAACGUCGUUCUCCAGCCAAAUGGUAA